AAACGGGGAGGGGGGAUGUGCAUGUAUGUGUGUGCCUAUAUAUAUUUAGAGAGCCAAGCCAAAGCUCAGCAUUAGACUUCCUUCCUGAGCUACGCGGGGCAUUUGUGGAGAUACCCCUCCCACCCCUAUCACCACAGGUAAAGAGUGGGCUGGCACUUAGCUGUGAAACUGGAGAGAGCUGGCUCAGGGCUGCACUUGAAUUCCUGAUAGGAAGGGAGCUCAGGAGUGUUUCUUCUCUUCAUCAAGAGCUCCUUGCCCACCUACAAGAGGAUGUCUCGGUGGCUUUGGCUCCUUGGCAGAGUCCUGCUCUUGCUGAAUGUGACUGCCUCUGUGAACUUCCUCCAUCACCGCUAUGAGGAGCUGGUGCAAGCCAUGUACGAUGUGAAGGGCUCGUGCCCGUAUAUUACCCGGCUGUACAGCAUUGGACGCAGCGCCCAGGGCCGCCACCUCUAUGUGCUGGAGUUCAGCGACUACCCUGGUAUCCAUGAACCCAUGGAGCCGGAGUUCAAGUAUGUGGCAAACAUGCAUGGCAAUGAAGUACUGGGCCGAGAACUGCUGAUCCAGCUUGCCGAGUUCCUGUGUGAAGAGUAUCGACAUGGCAAUCAACGCAUUACGCAGCUUAUCCAUGACACGCGUAUUCACCUCAUGCCUACAAUGAACCCUGACGGAUAUGAGGUGGCAGCUGCCCAGACCCAACACAGUUUAAGAGAUUUCACUGGAAGAAACAAUGCCAAUGCAGUUGACCUUAACCGUAACUUUCCUGACCUCAAUUCUAUUAUGUACCACAAUGAAAAACAUGGCGGACCCAACCAUCACCUUCCUUUGCCAGACAACUGGAGAAAUCAGGUGGAGCCAGAGACUUUGGCAGUGAUUGAGUGGCUGAAAAGUUACAAUUUUGUCCUCUCAGCCAAUCUCCAUGGCGGAGCAGUAGUAGCCAAUUAUCCCUAUGACAAAACCCAAGAGCAGAGAACGCGGGGUGUCUGGCGUCCAACCAACAGUCCUACACCUGAUGACAAUCUCUUCAAAAAGCUAGCCAAGGGCUACUCCUAUGCACAUGGAAGGAUGCACCGGGGCACAAACUGCGGGGACUUCUUUCCUGAAGGCAUCACCAAUGGAGCCUCUUGGUACUCCCUCAGCAAAGGGAUGCAGGACUUCAAUUAUCUGUUCACCAACUGCUUUGAGAUUACUCUUGAACUGAGCUGCAACAAAUUCCCACCACAGGAAGAUCUGGAGUUUGAGUGGCUAGCAAAUCGUGAAGCACUGAUUGCCUACAUAGAGGAGGUUCAUCAUGGCAUCAAAGGCAUGGUGACAGAUGAGGAUAACAACAAAGUUGCUGGUGCUGUCAUUUCGGUGGAAGGAAUUGGCCAUGAUGUCACUGCAGGUGAACAGGGUGACUAUUUCCGGCUGCUUUUGCCUGGCACUUACACAGUUACUGCAUCAGCAGAUGGCUACCAGCCCCAGACAGAGAAAGUUGUGGUGGGUCCUGCUGGGCCUUCUGUGGUACACUUCCAGCUCAGGCAGGGUGCUUUGGACAACCGUCCUGCACAGAAAAACUUUGACAAACACCACACAAACAAAGCUCUGCACAAAAAGGUUGUUCCACGUGCUGCCCAGCGGGAGAUGCCUCGGUGAAGGCAGAAAGGUGGAAGCAGAUGGAAUGGAGCCAUUGAUACUAUAAGAAGUCAAUAAUGCUGGCAGAUGAACUUUCUAAAGGCCACUCACAACCUUUCUUGUCUCCUGCAAACAUGAAAUGAGCUGAAACUUUGUUUAUUAAAUGUCUAAUAUUUAACUUUGGUGCAGACUCUUUCAGAAGGAGGGCAGUCAUUAGACCUUUCCAUUCUAUGAUCUUCUAAUCCAGUGUUUCUCUGGAUGUGCUCCUCCAGAUGUUUUGGAUUCGGCUCCCACAAUUCCUAACGGCUGGUUAAAUGGCUGGGAUUUCUGGGAGCUGAAGUCCAAAACACCUGGAGGAUCACAGUUUGAGAAACACUGACAGUCACAGAGUUUAAAACUUCUUAACCAAUUCAUUGGCUUAGUAUCACCUGCAGCCUGUGCUAUUGCCCCCAUUUAUGGCCAUAAAUAGUUUAUAGAACACACGGGAAAUAUCAGACAUUAAAAUAGUGUGUGUGUGUGUCUGUCUAUCUAUCUGUCUGAGAGGCUAUCCACACUGCAGAACUAUAGCAGUUUAACAAUACUUCAACUGCCAUAGCUCCAUCCUAUGGAAUCCUGAGAUUUGUAGUUUGUUUUGGCACCAAAGCUCUCUGACAGAAAAAGAUAAAUAUCUCAAAACUACAAAUCCUAGAAUUCCAUGAGAGUUGAUGUGGUGCCAAACUGCUAUAAUCCUGCAGUGUUGAUGCAGCCCAUACUGCGAUGUUAAAAAGCACACAGACUGCAAUGUUAAAAAGAAAUUGCUUCCAUUAUUCAUUACAAUUUGUAAAUGUAGACUUUUGCCUUUAUUCAUUUCAUGUGUUCAAAAAGGUAACGUAUUAAAAUUGAUCGUUGUCUUA